AUGAAAGUAAAAGUGAAGAGGUUUCACACUUUAGAAGUUUUCCCUAGUGGAAGAGUAAGUUAUGACAACGUGAUUAUUAUCCAAGCCUCCUCUCCCAGAGGCAAGGAUGCUCCUCGGAGCGGCGUUCACACCGCCGCAGGGGUCGGCACUACGGACGCGAGCCUUCCGGCCUACAGCUGUAACUUCACCCAGCUCCGCUACCUGCGGCCCGGCGGAAGGGGCAGCGAUUCCUCGAUCCCCGCAGAAAGCAGCGGCUCCGUGUCCCGGCGCAGGAAGCGGGGCCGCACCUGCGGGGACACUCCAGGCGAGGAAGGGCUGGGACAGAGCCCCCCGGAGCCCGGUCCUGCCGCCCCAGCCCCGCACGGCUCCCACCGCACGGGGCAGCGGGGCCAAGAGCUCACACCCCGCGGGCGCGGCGGCCCCGAGCGCGGGGGGCCCCGCGGCCGGGGGUGGCCGGGGUCUCAGGUGCUUAGAAAAAGCCUUCAGAGAGGGGUUGUGCUUUCAGCAGGGUCCUUUUUGGUUUAUGAAGCUCAUAAGCUGAUUUCUGGCUUUGCUGAGGUUCAUGCAAGCUUCAAAGUGGAAGAUGUGAUAGAACAAGCAGACUACCUGUAUGGGAGUGGAGAAACUGAAAAGCUGUAUCGGUUGCUGGUUCAGCAUAAAAAUAGUGAUGAUGCAGAGUUGUUAUGGCGGCUGGCACGGUCAUCACGGGAUCUGGCUCAGCUUGGUAGCACUUCUGCAGAGGAGAAGAAACAACUGACAUAUGACUCCCUUGAGUAUGCAAAAAAGGCACUUGAAAAAAAUGAAUCAAAUUCUGCAGCACACAAGUGGUAUGGAAUUUGCCUCAGUGAUGUUGGAGACUAUGAAGGAAUCAAGACUAAAAUUGGAAAUGCUAUUAUCAUCAAAGAGCAUUUCCAGAGAGCCAUUGAACUGAAUCCAAAAGAUGCUACAACAAUUCAUCUUAUAGGGAUUUGGUGUUACUCCUUUGCUGAGAUGCCAUGGUAUCAAAGAAAAAUAGCUGCAACGCUGUUUGCCACACCACCAACCUCCACUUUUCAAGAGGCUCUUCGUUACUUCCACAUGGCAGAAGAAGCUGAUCCAAAUUUCUACAGCAAAAAUUUGCUCUUUUUGGGGAAAACAUAUUUAAAGUUAAACAAUAAGAAGAUGGCUCUUCUGUGGUUAAGCAAAGCAAAGGAGUAUCCUGCACAGACAGAGGAGGACAAACAGGUACAGAAAGAAGCUGUGGAACUACUUAAUUCUAUAUAAGAAGAAACAAGAUAAUGGAAAUUCAGUGCCUCAGGUUUGAGCAGCAUAGGAAAAAGGCCCCAAAUACUACUUUGGCUUACUGAAGCUGUUACUAAAAGGACAGCUCAGACCUUCUAUCUCCCUCUCAUUUCUAUUAAACUCUGAACUGGAAGAUCUGUUUCA